AUCAACAGCCCGGGCCUGCCAAAGGAGCCAGAGUAACUUCGGGUCUGUCGAGGACACUGGAGCGCAGAUGCCCAACGAGAGCCCAACCCCUCAGCGGAGUCCGACGCUCCUCGAUUUUGAACAUCUGCUUUCUGCUAUCCGCUGCCACCAUCUUACAAUCCAUUUAUCCAUGUAUAUGGGGCCUGUUUGAUUGUGUCGCUGUUGCUGCGAUGACCACAGGCAUGAGCACAGCAGGCGUUCAUCGAGGCUUCCUCAGGAAAUAUGGGGGUUUCAUGUUUAAACAGUGGAAGGAGAAGUACCUUGUGCUGACCAUGGAGGGAUGCCUGCUGGUGUGCCGCGAUGCAGAAUCGCCUCCAGAUCAGGUGGUAGCGCUGCAAAGCAACUGCGAGUCGAUCGUAGAGGGACGGGAAAUCCUUGACCUACCCAAGUUGCCUCCAGGGGGCAGGAGGGACUGCUGCUUCGCCCUCAUCCUGCCACAGAACAAGUUCCUGCUGUUGCUCACAGACAAUCCCGAUGACUGCAAUCUUUGGCUGAAGUUGAUCAGAAAAGUGAGAGAGGGCGUUAUGUCCCCCCUGACCCUUCAGAGACAGCGCAGCAUCACUCCCUGCAUCACAGACAGAGACCCCCUGCCCGACUCCUCCAGCGAUAAGGACCCCGGGUCGCCCAGGGUCGGCGAGGGCACUCCUCCUUUGUCCCGGGUCACUGAACGGGGAGGCUCCUUCAGGGACAGAGGCCAAAACCAAGCCACGGGACCGCGGCGGCCUCUGAAUAGUGUUUCUGGGGGCCCCCCUCAUCGCGUGUCAGAUUGUCUUCGCCACGGCAACAGCAGCGAUGCGCGGGCAGUGAGGGCGGUGUGCUUGCUGAUGGGAGGGGCAGCGGCCUCCUCCGCUCUGGGCUACCUCAACUCCUGCUCCCCUUCCUCUCCUCUGGCCAGCAGAGCCCAAGAGAUCGCCCACGGCACAGGAGGCUUCUCCGAGCUUCCGGCAGGAGGCUCCUUCCACGCCUGCGGCCAGGACGUCGACUCUCCACACUUCAACAGCUUCGACUUUGAAGGAGACUCCGACUUUGAUGCAUUUGACUGUGGAGGAUUUGCUUUUUAGUUGUGGCAAGAAAGGAAGAGGGACUGUUUGAAAGACCUUUUAUUCUCAUCAAAAUCCCUGUGUUGGUAUUCCUUUCAAAUAUAAAGGCAUUGUUAUUAAUUAAUCGCUCGUUGGGUUAUCUAUACGUUCUUCCCGGCUUUAUGCCCAUGCUCCUCGGGUAAAUCAGUCAUGAUCUUGACUCUUCUGAGCACUCUGUGUUGUAUCAGUCUUUCCGUGCCACAGGACAGCUUGAGGUUAACCCGGUGAGCAGUUUAAUGAUUUCGCGCAGCCACGUGGACAUUUUUGAGGACAUUUCAGUCUUUAGAAUUGAAACAGUCGUGUUUGUCUCAUCGCUGUGUUCAUUUUAUACUUUUUUAAAAACUUGAUCUCUGUGAAUAUUUUCUCCUCUUUGACAUUUUCUCCAUUUCAUAUGCACUUU